GGGUUCCCUUAUGGUCAUCCAUAAUUACCACAUUGAAACAUGUGGAAAGUGCAGGUGUGGGAACAUAUGGUAGGGAUGGCUCUUCAGAGCCCUCCUGCUGUCUCUGUCUAUGGGACAAACGUCUGGUAGGCUGAUUUCGUUUGCGACUGCCAAACAAGAUUGAGUUUGACCUCAACUGCUCCCGUCUCUUCCGCCGUAUUGGUCUUUGAAGCAAGUUGUGAAACUAAAUUGCCGUUCAAACACCAGAAUACCUUAAUAUAUUCUGCAUGGUUCCUCGAGUAUUGAACAUCCUGAGUCUGCUUCAGUCCUCGUGAAUGGUUUCAAUGCUGCGAACCCACCCUGUUAUGAAGUCAGCUUUCAGUUUAUUGCGGUCCGUAAUAUAUGAUUAGUCGUCGUUGUCGUUGUCAUCUUCCUUCACCUUACUUGCAGCCUGAUGGUUCACGCUCCUCUGCUUCCUCUGUUCACCUAAAAUUCAUGGUGGAUUCCUGCAUUCAUCAUCAUGGAUAUCGACAGGAACACGUUCAAAGGGAAUCUCCUUCCCAUCCUCGAAAGGGUGGCGGACUCUCCCUUUGUCAGCAUCGAUUGUGAGAUGUCUGGCGUGGUGACGAAAGCCAAAGGGGUGGAGCGACAGCCACUUCAACAGACGCUUCAACAACGCUACGCCGAGGUCAAAGAAGCAGCGGAGAAGUAUACCAUUCUCCAGAUCGGUCUUACAUGCGUCACGGUGAGGGAAUCAGAUGAAGUCGACGAAUCCGGACGAUACAUCCAGCGAGAUCCGCAAUACAUAUUGCACCCCUACAAUUUCAACCUGAAUCCCCUUCUCGAGGAGAAACUCGAUAUUGAAAGGAUCUUUUCCUUUCAAAGUGGUGCAGUGGACUUCCUAAUGCGCCACGGCUUCCAAAUGGAUCGGCCCUUUACCCACGGGGUCCCGUAUCUUUCACGAGCUGAGGCAAGGGAUGCCAAACGAGUUGCAGCGGAACUUCUCAACAAGUCUGGACUUGAGGAUCUACAGCUUGGUCCGGAACAUGUGGACGCUCUGGGGUUUGUGGCGAAAACUCGAGCGGAGAUCAUCGAAUGGGGUCGUAUCAAAUUCAAUUCAGACCUGCACGUCUUUUCCCGACAUUGUGCGUCGAAUUUUAAAGGCAUAAACCCGGAAUUGACUCGCUUCGAGCAGCGGUUGGUUCAUCAGCUCGUCCGAGCCGAAUUUCCGGACUUGAUCAGCAUGGGAAAAAGUAGCAAGGUUGUCAUCCGAGUCAAGGAUGAAGUAAAGGAGAAACAGCGAGUGGCAUCAAGACUUGCCGAAGCCGAUAGAGCGAUCAAGCGACAGACGGGCUUCAGAUGGAUUGUCGAUGCUCUCUCCGGACGAUCGCUGGCAAAUCUCACCAUGGAUCUUGUAUCAUACGAUCCACAAACUGGCGCUCGAAAUGACUUCAAUCAGCUUGUUUUUGGUUAUCAAUCCAGACUAGACCGAGUCCGGGACAGGACCCGCACGAGUCAGCCGGUGUUGGUUGGCCACAACAUGUUCACGGACCUGGUCUAUUUCUACAAGACCUUCGUCGGCCCACUCCCCGAUACAGUUGAGGAGUUCGCGGCCAAGAUCCACGAGCACUUUCCUUUGAUUGUUGACACGAAAUACAUGGCAACUCAUAAUUGCAGUGACAUCAACCCAGCCUCGUCACUUGAGGAGAUUGAUGAUAGCCUCAUUGGCCAGAAGAAGCCGUUCGUAGGAUGGGCGAAUGGGCACGAUAUGUCGGAUAAAACCCCUCACGAAGCCGGCUACGAUAGUUACGUGACGGCGAGAAUCAUGAUUCUCCUCUCGGCGAAGCUUGAAGCGGCAGGAAAAUAUAUCGACGGCAACACCCCCAAUCCUCAAACUAGCUCUAGCCCCUUGCAAAGCGCACCGAGUACUCCAACCACAGAGUGCGGAGGGAGUGCGCUGGACCCGACCUCAGCGAACUUCAUCCCGGGUUCCCACUGCCAUCGUAAUGCUCAUGCCGGCACCGAAGCCCCAUUCAUCUCGUUCACUCGUUCUCAUCUUCAACUAGACCCUCAUGGCGAACGCCCAGAUUCCGCGCCGGCCGCUUUCGUUCCAGGAAAUGUACGCCUCGGUGAUCCUGCGGAAGUGGUCCGCAGCCACGGAGUAGUAUCGCGUCCCGCGUCUUCCGGGCACCAAGGGCCAGGCAAAUCGCCUAGCUGGUUCGCGCGCGCAACCCCGUUCGAUAACUUCGAUCGUCUACAACUUCACGAUACUUCGGACCCAACUAAACUGCUCCGACCGUCUCCUGUGGAGGCUCACGCCAUACGACAGCUACAGGAGCCUAAGCAACUGCAAGGCUGGAUGCCGCCGCUCGAAUCCGACUUCUGGAGGGUCUACGGGAACAAGUUGCGGGUAUUCGGGACGGUAGAGAAGGAGCUCAAUCUCGCACCGGAGGGUAGCGCUUGAUGGGUGUGAUUCUGAUGGAUGAGUUCUGACUCCCAGCUAUGAGCAAACGGGCUCCUAGGGCCGGUGGGCAUUCCAUUCUCAAAUUGAUAUCAUCUGCUUGGCGCAAGACAGGAAGACAGCUCCAAGCGCCUAGCAUUAGGCUCUACGUAUG